AUAAGGUUAUAUAAAAGAAGUAUCUGUACGUAAACUGACCUACUUGUUUGUGACAGAUACAGCGAUCACAAAAUACAAGUUUAUUCCGUUAGUCUAUUUCAAAACGUGAAACAAUGCGCUGGGGAAUCUGCUCAGCGGGUUUGAUUGCAACGGAUUUUUGUAAUGCUUUACAGUGUUUGGAUCCUUCAGAACACAAAAUAAUUGCAGUAGUGUCCAAGUCCUUAGAGAAAUCUAAGAAAUUUGCAGAGGAAUUUGAAAUACCAAAUGUGUACGACAGCUAUGAAGAAUUUGCCAAAAAUCCCAACAUAGAUUUGGUGUACGUUUCUUCUGUCAACCGUUUCCAUCAUCCUCUUUCCGUCAUUAUGCUUAACAAUGGCAAGCCUGUUCUGUGUGAGAAAGCCUACGGUAAGAACACAAAGGAGACAAAAGACAUUAUUGAACUUGCAAAGUCAAAGAAAAUUUUUUUCAUGGAGGCUAUGUGGUCCAACUUCUUUCCGGCUUACAAACAUAUUAAGCAAGAAAUCGACUCUGGAACCAUAGGAAAGAUACGAUAUUUAGAUGUGGCUUUCUUAGUUGACAUAUUUUCAAAAGAAGAUAUAUCUCAAGGCCACGUGGGUGGUGGAGGUUUGUUGGAAAUUGGUGUUUAUACAAUAUGGCUUGCAAACUUCAUAUUUAGACAGAAACCUGAAACUAUUACUGCUUUUGGAACAAUUGCUGGUACAGGUACUGAUCUAUCUGCCAAUAUCAUUCUAACUUAUAAGGAUGGUGCCAGAGCUUCGUUGUCCUUUAAUACUACUUUGGCAGGAAGAACUGAUGCAUAUAUUUAUGGAACUGAAGGCAAAAUUUACAUACAUCCACCAUUCUGGUGUACAGAUAAAAUCGCGGUGAAUGGAGAAGAAAGAGAGUUUCCGCUUCCCAAAUCUGAUGCUAAAUAUACUUACGUCCAUAGCUGCGGGUUGGCUUAUGAGGCUGAAGAUGUCCGGCAGUAUUUUGAGAAGGGUCAUCUCGAAUGUCCCGUUCACACCCACGCUGAUACUUUGUUGCUUAUAAACAUAAUUGAUGAGGUUCGACGACAACUUGAGGAGACACAACAGAAGAACUAAGGACAUUCUAAGGAAGAUCAGAAAACGAAAGAGAGAGAGGGGGGAUGGUGAGAGAGGGGGGAUGG